AUGCUGCGCCGCCUCAGCUUUCCACAAUGCACAGCUGUAUGUCGUACGCGGUUGUCAUCCUCAGUUCCAUCGACAUCGCAAGAGGAAAGUAGUGAAUUCAACAAAACCGUAGCUAACGGUGUUGCGCACGUGACUUCACUAAAUGUGUUGACUCAGGAAAGAUCAGUUCUACGGCUACGAGUUCCAAAAAUAGAGCGAACAAGGAGAUUCAGAAGAGAAUUCGCUCUCCCUGAAUGCGCUGUUGCUGGUUUACGUAAUGCACUUAUUUCUUGUGAUAGAUCUCCGAAACAGCUUCAACAUGAGGCGGACCAAUUAUCCAAUGUAUUGGCGCAAAGAAGGUUCCCCGCUCCUCCAUCUGUGGUACGUGAAGCCCGAAAUAAAAUCAAAGAAGUCCUCAGAAAGCAACAAAACGAAGAAGAUAUUGGUGAUCUCGUCGACAGUGACAGUGAUUCUCGUAUUAAUUACAAGUUGCGGAAUGAAGUUGAUAAGAUUUUAAAGAAGUCGAAUUUUAAUUGGAAGCCUCUCGACAUUGAUACAAAGGAAGCAGCUGCGGCGUACGCUUUAUCCCGGUUGGCACCUAACUAUGCAGAGAUAGCUCGCGUAUUGGAAGAAAUUGAUGCUGAAGAAUUCUCGCCGUCAACAGUUCUGGAUUACGGCAGUGGGAUUGGUGCAGGAUUCUGGGCUGUGAACGAAAAGUUUGGUUCGAAAGUGAAAGACUAUUGCAUGGUGGAUCCUUCCGAAAAUAUGAUACAGUUCUCGAUGGACAUAAUGAGGGGAGGUUCCGGAAAUCUUUUGUUUCGAAACGUAACCUUCCGUCGUCAUCUUACUCCAUCACUUCGAACAAAAUAUGACCUGGUCAUUGCUCACAGAACCUUGUGUGAACUUGGUUCACAGGAAUCUCGUCUGGAUCUUGUGGCUUCCCUAUGGAAAAGAACCAACAAGUAUUUAGUCCUCAUUGAUUCCAAUUUACGCGAUGCUUUUGAGGCACUCAUGGAAGCUCGUGAUUUCCUUUUAUGUUCGGGAACGCAGCUACAUUUAGAAGAAACCAGAUCCUUACUUGAGGAGAAACAAUUGAUGUCCGAUAGCAUAGAAGCGGUUCUGAGUGAUCGUACUCUCAGUGAUUUCGAACGAUUUUGCUUAGUUCGAGAUAUGGUUCCUCAUGAAAUUACGCUGCCCACUGCUCUAGAACCAGCAACGGUAUUUGCUCCAUGUCCACACGAUCUCGGAUGUCCAAAGCUAGGGAUAAGUGCAUGUACGUUUCCUAUACGAUGGAAUGUGAUCCGAGCUGAUGGAAAAAGAUCGCCUCGUGAAAAUUCAGGAUCAGAGACUGGAAAAUUUUCAUUUAUUAUUAUAGAGAAGGGCGUACGACAACCUCAAGAAAGCAUGGCGAGGAUACUCAAGAUACGACGUUCGAACGGUCAUGUCACUUGUGACCUUUGUACUGCAUUCAAAGGACUGCAGAGAAUUGCUGUUUCACGAAGGGCUGGUGACCUUUACCAACGGGCUCGCUCCCGACGAGAUGGUGAACUUUUACCUUUAACAAUAGAUACGGUUGCCACAGAGAAUAUGUUUGAUUUAUGUAGUGAAAAAAUAGCAGAAACUCAAUAG